CCUUUUGUUGAAGUCAUUGUAAACACAAACAUUGGAGUGUAAGGAUCGAGACUGAGAAAAUUUAAGUGACAAAUUGUCCUACGAACGGCUUAUUAAUUUUAUAAAAAAGUUGUUAUUUAAGUGACUGUGUCUGCAUAGGCACUGUAAAGAAGUGUACUGCAAAAAGAAAGCGAUUAAAUGAGCAAGAUGCUGUGUGAUAGCAAUUCUGUGUCGCUUAUGUCAAUUGACAAUAGUUCGUCUUCCAUUGUUUCGGAGCCAAAUAAAAAAAUUUCGCCGGUAAAACGUGCUGUCAAUAGCUGGUGGGAUGAGGUUGAAGCAGCCGAACAUAAUGUAUUCGAACAGGAAGACGCCGUUAACGAAGUUGCACUGCAACCAAUCAAGUGUGAGACAUCGGGCACUGAACAGAAAAUUGUCGUAAAAAUGGACCCCGAUAUGCUCACGUUUUCCAAUAAAAUCAAAGUCAUCAAAGAAGAAUCCGCCGUUGUUGACCGGGUCAAUGUCAAAGACGAAGAAUCGACUGUUGUUGACGGAGUCAAAGUCAGAGACGAAAAAUCGAAUCGAUCAAAUGAAGUCAUUAAAUCGAAUGAUUUAAAUAAGCGAGAAAUUAAGCUCGAGUUCGUAGAUUCAAGUAAUGACGAAAAAUACGAUCGUCUCGUCCGUGAGGUAAAGUCCAAAAUACCAUUUAAACGACGACUGUCUGGUGACAGUCGUUCCAACAGUCCAAUAUCAUUUUUUCCUAUGGAAAAUGGCUACGAAAAUAACGAUGCUGCCGAAGCAUCAAAGUUAAACCAAUAUGAUCAAGAAGACGGCGCCACAACGAGUCAGACUGGUUCGGGCACCACUGGACGUGGCCACGGUAAGCGUCGUCGCUGCAAUCAAGAAAUAGAAACAAGUGCCGAAAUUUUGGCGAGACGACAAAAGCAAAUUGAUUAUGGGAAAAAUACCAUCGGAUACGACAAUUACAUCCAACAGAUACCGAGAAACAAACGAACGAAAGAUCACCCAUGGACUCCACCGAAACAGUUCAAAUACAGUCGACGUGCUUUCGACGGAUUAAUAAAAGUCUGGCGCACAAAACUCCAUUGCUUCGAUAAUGCGACCAAUGAUGCAGAUGGAUCAUCUGAAUCGGAUGACGUUAAAUGAUUCUGGUUUUUUUUUUCGCGUUUAUUAUUAUUAUUAUUAAAACGAAAAAUUAGUCGAGUGAAAAGUAUGUUAAUUUUGCUAAAAAUUUCAUCGAAAAUUUAUUUUGUGACCAUAAAUUUUACACGCAAGAAA